UGAAUUAAAAGUAAUCGGAGUAAUUGGAAAUUUCGUAUUAAAAUGAAUAAGAAUAUUUAAAAAUUUGAAACAUAAAUUCUCUCUCUCUCUCUCUCUCUUUUUCAUUGUUUAAGUAAGCUUGCAAAUUAAUCGGAUUUUCCUUGCUCGACCUUGAGAAGACGUUUCUCCCUAACUCGUAGCGUAUCGCAUUAAUCACGCAGAACGCGGUAGAGAGCGAAAGAGAAAGAGAAAGAGAAAGAGAGAGAGAGAGAGAGAGAGAGAGAGAGAGUAUGAGAGGGUCUCCCUUAAAAUAAUCUGGUCCCGAAAUGAAAUCAGCCAAGGCAAUUUCCAGCCCCUCUAUACGAGGAUACCAUGGCACGUUAUCCAACUAUACUCCUGACCGCCUGUGGCCCAACGCGAUGCAACCGACAAAUGACGUUGGUCCAACCCCCUCGCGGCAGCUCACGGAAUUAAAGAUCCCGAGAUAAGGGUGUCAUGCUUUGCUAUGCAUUAUGUGUUCGGCAAAAAGCUCGCCCCCGGCUUUUCUAUUCCUCCCCUCCUGUUGCUGUUGCUGCUUCUGCUGCUACUUCUGCUGUUCACUUUAGCCUAUCUUAUUUUCUUUCUUUUUCUUUUUUUCCUUUUACUCCAUAAAACUUCCAAUUAAUCUUUCUCUGCUCAAAAUAGUGGGGGAGGGGGAAGGGACACUUUUAAUCUCAUCGUACCUCAAAGAGUUAAUUUCCUACUUCGCGUUGCCUGUAUAAUAAUAAUCAUUUCGUUAUUUUAAACUAUUUCUUUUUUUUCGUUUUUCUUUCUGAUCUUUCGAUGAAUGAAAAUGAUUCUCAAUUAAAAGCUAAUAUAUUUGAUCGACGAUAAAAAGAUUCUUACAAAUAGGAAGGAAAUAGAGGGGGUAGCUUAUCUUUUCAAAAUUAUUGUCUCUCGGUUGAAAAACGAUCAACAGUUUCCUUUUCCUUGGAGAACUAAAUUUUACGAGGCGAAACUAUAAUAAUAAUAAAAAAAAAAAAACAUGGAAUAAAGUAACACAGAAUUCUCUCUCUCUCUCUCUCUCUCUCUCUCUCUCUCUCUGGAGUGGAGUCUUUGAUAGAGAUGUAUAGAGCUUACAAAGAAAGAAAGAAAGAAUUCCUUUGAAAUAGCCAAGCGAAGUAACUCAGGCGGUAGACGUGUGGGGGGUGUUCAUACCACCGGCUGGGUUGCGUUAUGAUCUGCACAUCCUCUCAUGUGCUUGGACCAAACGGAACCUUGGCAAACCUUCAUAUUUCAUGUUUUAUCGUGCGAAAGUAUCGAGAAGAACGAACUAUCUUUCCCCUCUCCGCCCCCCCCCCUACUUCCCUUCCCUUUUCUUUUUCUCUGGCAAAAUACCGUCUCUACGAGUUUGCACUGAAUUUUUAGUUACUAUACUACCCACUACUAUUGCGAAAUAUAUCGUAUCUUUUAUCUGAAGUUAAUCAAUGUUUUUUUUUUUUCAAAAUAUAUCGAAUUUUUGUAUAUCGAAUCGUCACUCGUAAUUGUACUCUCUUUCUUUUUUUUUCUUUCUUUUUUUCUCUCUUUUAACCUUUAAACAAAUUCUUUCGUUUAUUUCAUGGGAAUAACAUGUCGUCAACGAUUAUUACAAAGAAUGAAAAUAAUUCGAAUGAUUCGAGGAAAAUUCAUUCAAAGGUUCAAUCAAAAUUCGAUACACUUGUUACGGAAUUUCAAUAUUACGGUGCGGCUAUUAGAAAUUUGGCACCAGCCAUGUCACGUGUAGAAGAUAAAAGUAGAAUCAUUCCUUGGGUUGACAAACUCUUUGCUGCCGAAUAUCACGUAGAAAUUUUACGUGAUAAACGUAACAGAUAUUUGUCAUCGUUAACUAUGAAUAUGUUGAACGACGAGUUGAGUGGCGUAUUUGCCGAUGAUCCACCAAUCGGUUCGCUCAAAGAUUUAUCUAACGAGACGGUAAUCAAAGCUCCACCUGCCCAAUGGGAAUUGGACACAACUUGGAGCGAAUACGUUGCAUCAUUGCCCGACGAUUACGAAGAAAUACCGUGUAGUUUCCACGACGAGAAUUCGUUUUGCGAACAGGAUUCCUUUGAGAUGGACGAACAAAUGGAUAAUGAAUUUUGGUUCUUACUUUAUCAAAUCAGACCAUAUGCAGCAUCUAUACCAUCCCCCAAUGCGAGAACCAUAGUCACUGCUUGGAUUCAAACACUUUGCCGAUUGAGUUGCAACAAAUGUAGCAAAAUGAAGGGACUUAGGAACGAUUACGCUUACGCCCUUUACGGAUAUGUGCGAGAUUUGCGAAUAGCCGGACCUUUUCAAGAUUAUCCGCCAAUGAAAUAUCUCGAUUCUUUACCAGAAGCAGCAAGGCGAGCAGCGAAAAAGUAUCCACUGACGUCACCAUUUAAUCAAGAAGCAGAUUCCUUUAUCAUGGAACAACCGACUACCGAGGAAGGUGCAUUUUGUUACAUCGCUGUAACGGGUGACGUCGUUCAAACCAAUGCCAAGUAAUCGAUCAA